CAAGCAGAAAACACUUGAAAAAUAAAACUGGUAAAGGUGUCUUUGACAUUGAAGGUGAUUAAGAACAAUUUAGAACAAUAUUUUCCAUGCUUCUGGUAGCCCUACAGGAAGGCUCCGCUGUGAUGUAUAGCACUGAUUUUAGGACAAACCGUGGUGGUGUUGGAACAGAAUUGUGAAAUUGUUCUACAACAACUGCAAAGUUCAUGUUUCUUGCACAUUUAGGAUGAAAAAAGGUACAGUUGUGACUUAUCAGCUGUAAGGGAACUGUCAGGUGGUGGCUUAAACUGGUGAUUGAGGCAGCUGGUGAAGGGGUGAGGCUGACCCAGGGAAUGCAGGCAGAUUGCUUGCACCUGUGCUCCCCAGUGACCAGAAGGGCUGGACUCUAUGACUCUAUGAUUCUAUUGUAUGAGUCACAGUAGGGCCCUCCAGGGCUCAUAUGAGGGCCAGCCACUGAAGGGAGAGCAUUGCUUUGGUCUGGGCUGCUUGCUGAGGAGUGCUGUCUGGCUGAAGAGCUGCAUCACCAACUUAGGACAUCUCUCUGUGACAGUGCAGCAUACUUUGAUGGAGUAUGAAGAGGGCUCAGAAGUUCACAUCUGGCUUGAGUGAAGUCUGACAGAAGAUGCUACAGCAGUUUUGUCUCUGGAAGUACUUAGCUGUAGGGAUUGCUGUGGCUAUUAUCUUAACGAGUUCCUUGGCCCAAAAUGAUGAAGAUUGCAAGUUGGCCAGAACAGGUCCUCCAGCCACAAUAGUUCCCAUUGAUGAAGAGAGUCGGAACGGCACCAUCCUGGUUGACAAUAUGCUGAUCAAAGGGACAGCAUCAGGGCCAGACCCCACCAUUGAGCUCUCCUUAAAGGACAACGUUGAUUACUGGGUGAUCCUUGAUCCCAUCAGCCAGAGGUUGUACUUAAACAGCACUGGCCGAGUUCUGGACAGAGAUCCUCCAAUGUCCAUCCAGUCCAUUGUGGUGCAAGUGCAGUGUGUUAACAAAAAGGUUGGCACCAUUAUCAACCAUGAGGUACGGAUCGUGGUGAGAGACAGGAAUGAUAACUCACCUCAGUUCCAGCAGCAGCGAUAUUACGUGGCAGUAAACGAGUUGACUCCAGUUGGAACGACCAUCUUUACAGGAUUUUCUGGAAACAAUGGUGCUACUGACAUCGAUGAUGGUCCAAAUGGCCAGAUAGAGUAUGUCAUCCAGUACAAUCCUAAUGACAAAACUUCCAACAGGACCUUUGAUAUUCCUCUCACUUUAUCUGGAGCAGUAGUUCUGCGGGAGAGACUAAAUUAUGAGGAAAAGACUCGUUACUUUGUGAUUGUUCAAGCAAAUGACCGAGCCCAGAAUCUUCAUGAGAGAAGGACAAGUACAACCACCCUCACAGUGGAUGUGCUGGAUGGGGAUGACCUGGGUCCAAUGUUUCUUCCUUGUGUCUUGGUGAAUAAUACUCGUGACUGUAGACCUCUCACCUACCAAGCAAGCUUGCCAGAACUGACUGAUCCUGCACAUGUGAACCCUAUCAGUGUCACUCCACCCAUACAAGCCAUAGAUCAAGACCGAAACAUCCAGCCUCCUUCUGAUCGACCGGGCAUCCUCUAUUCCAUCCUAGUUGGUACUCCUGAGGAUUAUCCACAGUAUUUCCAUAUGAACCUCACAACAGCUGAACUCACUCUCCUGAAGCCAAUAAACAGGGAUUUGCACCAGAAGUUUGACUUGGUUAUUAAGGCUGAACAAGACAACGGCCAUCCUCUUCCUGCCUUUGCCAAUUUGCAUAUUGAAGUCCUUGAUGAGAACAAUCAGAAGCCUUACUUUACAAAAUCUACAUACGAGGGCUUUAUCCUUGAAUCCUCCCCAGUGGGAACAACCAUCUCAGAUAGCCGGAAUCUGACCUCUCCAUUGCAAAUCACGGUGUUGGACAACGAUGUUGAGGAGACCAAGGACCCACAGCUCCAUCUCUUCCUGAAUGAUUACAAUACCUUUUUCACUGUGACCCAGAGUGGCAUCACCCGCUACCUCACCCUGCUGCAGCCUGUUGACAGAGAAGCCCAGCAGCUCUACACCUUCUCGAUGAUAGCUUCUGAUGGCGUGCAGGAGAGUACCCCAGUGACAGUCAAUAUCGUGGUGAUUGAUGCAAAUGAUAAUUCCCCAACCUUCUCCAAUAUCUCAUACAAUGUCAAGAUUUACACAGACAUGGGGCCUGGAGAAGGCGUUAUAAAGCUCACUGCUGUAGAUGCGGACGAGGGACCCAAUGGACAGAUAGUGUAUGAAAUUUUGGCUGGGGAUCAGGGAGACUUCAUCAUCAAUGACCGAACAGGCCUUAUCACCAUUGCUCCAGGAGUUGUACUGUCAGUGGGGCGAUCCUAUGCUCUCACUGUCAAAGCAUCUGAUAGCGCUCCUCCUGCACAGAGAAGGAGUUCUAUUACUACUGUUUAUAUUGAGGUCCUACCACCCAACAACCAGAGCCCUCCCCGCUUUCCACAGCUGAUGUACAGCCUGGAAGUCAGUGAGGCCAUGAGGACUGGGGCCAUUUUGUUAAACCUGCAGGCUUUUGAUAGAGAGGGUGACCCUAUAAGAUACCUCAUUGAGAAUGGAGAUCCGCAACAAGUUUUUAAUCUCUCUCAAAGUUCUGGACUGCUAGCCUUAGGAAAGCCCUUGGACAGAGAAAGCACUGAUCGCUAUAUUCUGAUCGUUACAGCCUCGGAUGGCAGACCAGAUGGGACUUCAACUGCUACAGUUAAUAUCGUGGUGACGGAUGUAAAUGACAAUGGGCCAGUUUUUGAUAUGUUUCUACCAAAAAACUUGUCUGUACAGGAAGAAGAAGCCAAUGCUUUUGUUGGUCAAGUAAGGGCUACAGACCCGGAUGCAGGUGUUAAUGGUCAAGUUCAUUACAGCCUGGCAAACUUCAAGAAUCUUUUUCGAAUCACUUCAAAUGGCAGCAUAUAUACAGCAGUUAAGCUGAACAGAGAAGUACGAGACUAUUAUGAACUUAUUGUUGAAGCAACAGAUGGAGCUGUGGACCCUCGCCGUUCAACACUAACUUUAGCAAUCAAGGUGCUGGAUAUUGAUGACAACAGCCCUGUUUUUACAAAUGCUUCCUACGCUGUCUCAGUGCCUGAAAAUCUACCGCCUGGCACUGUCUUCCUGCAGAUAGAGGCCAAAGAUGUUGAUCUUGGCUCUAAUGUCACCUAUCGGAUCCGGACACAGGAAGCACUAGAGUAUUUUGCACUGAACAAGUAUACGGGCGAGUUAUCACUUCGGAAGUCCUUGGAUUAUGAGUCAUUCUCUGACACAGAUGCAACUUUCACCUUCCUUGUGGAAGCCUUCGACAGCAAGGGCACUAUGCCUCCAGGUCUUGCUACAGUCACAGUCACCGUGCAGGAUAUGAAUGAUUACUCGCCAGUGUUCAGCAAGACGCUCUACAGAGGAAUGGUUGCUCCUGAUGCUGUCAAGGGCACUGUUAUCACUACUGUUUCGGCUGAGGAUCAAGAUCCUCCGGGCACACCAGCAAGCCGAGUCCGGUACAAAGUAGACGUUGUCCAGUUUCCUUACAGUGCCAGCAUUUUUGAUGUGGAGGAAAGCUCAGGACGUGUAGUAACUCGGGUAAACCUAAAUGAAGAGCCAAGUACAGUGUUCAAGCUCGUGGUCAUUGCAUAUGAUGAUGGAGAUCCCGUGAAGUUCAACACCACUACUGUGGAAAUUGCUGUACUUCAACCUUCAGUAAUCCCACGGUUCACACAGGAGGAAUACAGACCCCCUCCAGUGAGUGAAAGUGCACCAAAAGGAACUGUGGUCACUGUGGUGAUGGCAGCUGCCUUGAACCAAACUAUUGUAUAUUCAAUUGUGUCAGGAAAUGAAGAGGAUAUGUUUGCUAUUAAUAACAGAACAGGUGUGAUCUCCGUUAAAAAGCCUCUGGAUUAUGAAAGAGUGACAAGUUACGAACUUCGAGUUCAGGCAGACUCAUUACAAGUGGUCCGAUCCAACCUGCGUGUCCCAUCCAAAAGUAAUACAGCCAAAGUGUUUAUUGAAGUGAAGGAUGAAAACGAUCACGCGCCCGUUUUUACCAAAAAAAUGUACAUUGGAGGAGUGUCUGAAGAUGCUAAGAUGUUUUCUUCUGUGCUUAAAGUUAAGGCUGACGAUAAAGACACUGGGAAUUACAGUGCCAUGCAAUACAGGCUCAUCAUUCCUCCAAUCAAGGAUGGUAAAGAAGGUUUUGUGAUUGAAGCUUACACGGGGCUAAUAAAAACUGCUAUGCUGUUCAAAAAUAUGAGAAGAUCCUAUUUCAAGUUUCAGGUCAUUGCGACUGACGAUUACGGAAAAGGACUGAGCAGCAAAGCAGACAUACUUGUCUCUGUGGUCAAUCAGUUGGAUAUGCAAGUCAUCGUCUCUAAUGUUCCUCCCACCCUUGUGGAACAAAACAAAGAUCAACUCAUAGGGAUUCUGGAACGCUAUGUCCAAGAUCAGAUUCCUGGUGCAACCGUUGUGGUGGAAUCCAUUGGCGCGCGGAGGUUUGGGGAUGGAUACUCCGAAGAGGAUUAUACCAAGUCUGACCUCAUGGUCUACGCAAUUGACCCACAAACAAACAGAGCUAUAAUGAGGAAUGAACUUUUUAAGUUCCUUGAUGGCAAACUGCUGGAUAUCAAUAAAGAAUUUCAGCCGUACCUGGGGCAGGGGGGACGCAUCCUGGAGAUCCGCACCCCGGACGUGGUAGCAAAUGUCAAGAAGCAGGCGCAAGCUGUAGGCUACACAGAAGGUGCAUUGCUGGCUCUGGCCGUCAUUAUCAUCCUGUGCUGCAUGCCAGCUAUUUUAAUAGUCAUGGUCAGCUACAGACAGCGACAGGCUGAGUGUGCUAAGACUGCAAGAAUCCAGAUGGCCCUACCAGCAGGCAAACCAACAAGCACUGCUGCCAAUAACCUCUAUGAAGAGCUUGGUGACAGCACCAUGCGAGGAUAUGCACAGCAAGAGCAACAGCAGUUGCUGAGACCUUCCCUUCUCAGGCCAGAGGAGUUAAGUAUGGAGUCUGGAAUUGACCCAGGGCAGGAAUACUACGGGCAAGAUUACUACAGUUAUGAGCAUGGGUAUGAACUGCCUCAGUACGGGAGCCGCCGCCGCCUGUUGUCUCCUUCAGGGAUGUAUGAUGAGUAUGGGGAAGUCAUGGUGGAGAACGAUGGCGGCUACUACUACAGCCCACAUGGAUCAACAGCAGAAGAGGGAAUGAGUCAAAUCAGAGGUCCUUCAAGCAGAGGUAUAAGCCAGAGAGCAGGGGCUCAAAUAGAAGGUAGACCUUUAGAUGGUGGGAUGGAUCUAAGGCAUGGCUCUGGAAGAGCAUAUAGAACCAGCCAGGGAAGGAGAAAACUAAAAGCAGUGAUGCAUUUAAGUCGUGUAGCAGUCAGUGCUCACAAACCAGUAGGAAGAAGCGAGUCUGCUCGUGCUCCAUGGAAGAAAGCAAAGAUAUUCCCGAUGAUUCUGCAGAAAGUGAAAGGCAGUAGGAAAGAUUCCAGUUAUGCCAAGUUGAUGUCAGCUCGCCAGGCGGAUGGGGAGAAAAGCAUGAUUAUCAGGGGAAGCUACUUCCAGAAAGCUACAGAUGACAGACCUUCAAUGAGAAAGCUAAAUCAUGUGUUAAAACGCAUUAGUGUCUCCAGAAAAUUUCAAGAACCCACUAGCAAAGAUGCAGUUCAUCCAGGAGGAAAAGUAGAGGAAGAAAGAGAUGAAGCAAAGUCAGGAGUCUCAAUAAGUAUCACAGCAGAGAGUGAACAUGAGGAAAGUGAUUAUGAAAAGAAGAAGAAGAGGAGAAGAAAAUACAGUUCAGAUGAGUCGUCUGCGAAGAGUAGUAGCUCUGGGUCAGAGUCAGAAGAUAAGGACUAUUUGACAGUAACUCUGGACCAAGAUGAAGCCACUGAAAGUACUGUGGACUCUGAUGAGGAAUCUGGCCAUGAUAUCGGGGAUUCCGAUGAAGGCUCUGGAUCCAGCUCCAGCAGUGAAUCGGAGGAGGACUCUUCUGAAGAGGACGGUGAUGAGGAAGAGUCUGACAGCGAUGAAGACAGCCUUUCACAGAGCUCAUCUACACAGAGUUCAUUCAGCAAAUCAGGAACCAGUGACUCCAGCAGUAGAAGAAGUACUGGAAGGUCAAGUACGAAAAGCAGGGGAAGUAGCUCUCGUGGCAGAGCAAGGCGAUCCAGCCAGAAAUCAAUCAGCUCGAACACAUCAGGUACAAGCUACAGGAAGACAUCAGGAUCCAGCUACAAGAGCAAAACCUCCUCUGCCAGCCUUGAAAUAGAAGACACGAUAGAAGAGGUUUCAGAAGAAGAGGAGCAAGCAGAUACGGAGCAAGUCGGUGCGAGCCCUGAUAAGACAACAGAGAACACGAAGAAUAAGACAGUUUCUAAAACAUCUGCAAAUGCAAAAAGUGCUAAAAAUGCUGCUAAGGGAGAAGACAAGAGAAGAAAAUCAGGUGUUAACAGUGGGGAUAAUGAGGAUGAAAGUGCAGAAGAGGCUGACGCAGAUGCUAGUGACAAGGAGGAAGCUGUCAGUAAGAAUGGAAGUGAAAUCAGUGUUAAUUCCAAAGGUACUGGGGGGAAAAAAAGCACAGCUAGCGCCACUUCUGGCAAGACUACUACUUCCCCUGAUACUGAGACUCAGAGUUCUGACAUCAACUGGGCCAGAAAGAAAAGGAUCAAGUUGAUAGUUGACCCGGAGUAUGAGACCAGCUCUACUGGAGAAGACAGCGCUCCUGAUUCCAGCCAGAGGAAUCGUCUUAAUAACCCCAAUAUUCAAAACAACGUCAAUGGUAACAUCUACAUUGCACAGAAUGGCUCUGUUGUCAGAACCCGUCGUGUUUGCCUUGCUAAUAAUUUAAAAGUGACAUCUCCAGUGAGGCUGGGGAAACAGUUCAAGAAACUGGACAAGCUUGCAGUGACGCACGAGGAGAACGUCCCACUGAACACAUUGUCAAAGGGACCGUCUUCUAGUGAUAAAGUGAACACAAGACCUUGUAGUGUCUCAUUUGCUUCCUCUAUAGGGGCUGAAAACAUAGUGACGAAGCCAGGGGGCUCCAAAAUGAAAAGCACAGAAGAGCAAGAAUCUGUUGUUGAUAACGAGGACGUAAAAGAGCCCUUGGAGUCUCACAGUGAACACACGCAGUCAGAUGAGGAGGAACUCUGGAUGGGCCCUUGGAAUAACCUUCACAUACCAAUGACAAAACUGUGAUUUUCUUUUUUUUUUUAAUUUUAAUUUUUACUUCAGUUUAUAAUAAACUGCACUUUUUAUUGUCACUGAAGAAAAUGUAUGAAAUUUGUAUCGUGCACAUAUGUUGUAUACUACAAAUGACAUGCUUUAAAGUUUAAAAACAAAAUUUGCACUCACAUUUGUACCAAUUAAUUGUCCUCCCCAACAACUAUUUUGACAGGCUCACAUUUCACUAAACAGUACUUCAUUUAAGUUAAUUAGUUUUUUUAUCUUGAUUUAUUGUUUAAUAAAUGGUAAACUACUAAUAUAUGCACAGCAACAUUUGGUUAACUUUUCAGACAGUUCUAUACAUGCCUAGCUUGUUUUUCCUGUAUUGGUACUUGUGGCUAUACUGUUUAGAUUUGGAAAGUGUCUAUUUAUGUUCAAGAUUUAUAUCCAGAGCUCUUGAUUCUGAGCUCAGAGGAAUAAAUUAAAAAUAAAUCCAUGAAAGUCAAUGGAGCAAAUCCUCGGCUGGUUAAAUGUGAGUAACAGUACCAAAGUCAAUAGCGAUACAGCCAGUUUAUGCAAGCAGAGAAUCUCACUCGACACUGAAGUAGCAAACUUCCAUAACAGUGGAAUUAGCAUUUGUAAGAGUACAGCGUAUUUAAGCAGAACUGUGAAACAGUUGAUUAAGUACAGUAAAAACUGUAAAGGAGAAGGAAAUGUGUAGCAAUUAAUCUUAUUCAGAGCUACCUGUCUGUGAUUUACUCAUUUUCUUUUGUGAAUUAGCUCAUUCCAAUUUUCUUCUCUAGUCAAUUUUUCAUCUUUUCAUCUCUUCGCACAUCAGUUAUGUUUUCUUCUUUUUACAGUCUUUUAGCUCCAGUUUUUAUGAUCCAUCAAUAAUUGUCAUCCUAUGGCUAUAUUCCUCUGAAAUAAACCAGGAUGAUACAGGACUCUAUGAGACAGAAAGAGGUGUAAAAAGUAAUUAAUAGGGAGGGGAUAGAUAGAUUUUCAAGCCCAGAUAGCUGCUGGGUUAAAUGGUACAAACUCCAUUCCACUCAAACAUAAACCUGCUGUAAGAUAAAUGGAUCGUGGUGAAGGGGAUAAAAAGCGAACGUUUUCCAAGGCUAAUAUGUCUAAAUGCAGCUGUGAAGGGCAAAGACUGACAGAAGACACAGAAUUGUUUCAGAAUCUUUGAAGUAUGCAUUAGUUGUGAAAUGCACUAUAUAAAAUACUGGCAGCUGCUUUUAAUUUCUGCUUGUAACUUGAAGCAGUGAAUGUGUCAUUUUAUAUCGUCAGCAGGGUGCUGAGAGAUACUGUUGUUCCUAACUACCAGUUAAUAGCUAAAAAGCAUUAGCUAUACAGAUCAAACUGUUCUUCUCCAAUGAGAUGUUAGGGAAAAAAAAACAAAAACAAGUGUAUAUUCACAUGAGAAAAGUGUCCUGUUACGUUACACCAACUUCUUCUUCAGGAUGAGAUCAGACUAGCUGUGAGAACAAUACCAAUACCUCUUGAAAGAUUGGAAGAGUCAACUGAUAAAUGCGUGCAAUUAAUGAGGAAAAGACUGGCAUCAUCCUUCUUUUCCUGCCCAUAUGGUUAAGUUUUACCUCGAGAUCUGGAUGACGAUCGUUGCUGGUUCUGCUCUGGUAGUAAACGGACUUGUGUUACUGUGAUUUUGUUUUGUUUUCCCCUUGCACAGGUUCUCCUACAGGAAACUUCUUUUAGUGUUUGUCUUUAGAAGCUGUUCGCAUGUUAUGCUAAUGUAAAUGUGACAUUUCUGUCAAAUACCUCCUUUUCAACUUGAGGUUUCUGACCAAAUAUUUUGAGUGACAGUACUUGUUUUUAGGCAUGAGAAACGCAACACAGCCUACCAUGCGAGAAACAAAAAGACCGGGUAUUUCUUUCUCCUAAAUCUUUUACCUUGGCAUAUUUGGACUUGGAACCUAACAAAAAAAAAAAUAUAUCUGUUUGGAGUUUAGCUGGAGUCUGAACAUACAGACAAGAAUGAUGGAAGAAAAAGAAUCUAUUCUUUGAAAUAACUAGUAAAAUGUUCUAUUUUAAUCCUGUUUAAGAUAUUGUAUUUAUUUCACUACGCCAUUUCUACUGCAAGGUCUGUCAGUUGGCUUUUACUGAUUACACUGACACGGUCAUGAGGUUUUUAGAGAAAUGUCAUCUCCUGGCUCCUCUCAGUUUCCUGCCCUCCUGUUUUUUUACUGGAGACUCACAGCUCUACCAGCUUUAGUGCUGUGAAGGAUUGGCAUGCCAAAUUCUGAUGGUAAGCAGUACAGUGCACACUUACCAAGCACAAAACCUGUUGAUAGCUCCUCUUCUGUGUUGUUCAAGUGCUUGUGCCUUUUCCUACAAUGCAAAGAGCAUAGGAAAUUUUACUGUUUUCAGUAAUGGACAUGGUUUUAAAACCUGACUUAAUUUUAGCUGUACUUGUAAUGACUCUCUAUGACUUGAAUACUGGUAGGAAAGAGAAGGCUUCUAGAAAUCUUUCACAAGCAUAGAAAAAUUAGGAGUGUAGUUCUUUUUUCCAGAUUUUUCUUUUAUGGGCAUACAGUACUGUAAAAUACUACAGAUCCUAGACUGUAAGCAGUGGGUGCCAGAACUGGGAGCAAUAACAAUACAGGUGGAUAGUGUGAAAAAGAUCAUCGGUACUUUCCUACGGGAAGUUUUGUAUUAGUGUAGCUUUGUUGGAUGCAAUGAAUAGAACAGAAUAUCUCAGUCUCGUGGUACAAUUUACAGCUUUUUAACCAGCAAAUUUGCAGAGUUGGUGGUGCAAGGCACAAGCAUUUUCCCCUGGGUGGCAGAGCUGCUCAAUGGCUGACUGAUCAAGGUGAUACUCAUUGCUCUUGACACUGAUUUAAUUUGCAUGAUCCUCCAAGCAGGCACUAACAGUUUUGUGGCUUCCUAUGGCUUGUGCUAUGUGUUGAAUAUUUAAAAAGGGUUCAGAUGACCAACUUGGCAGCUGUAGAAGGGUAGUGCAGUACCCAAUGUGAGGCAGACCAAGGUCUGUCCAGAGAAAAAUAGAAACUUCAUAUAUUUUUCUCCUGGUGGAAGGUGAGUAAAACACAAAGAGAUGGAAAAUUGGUUGGUUGGUUGGUUGGUUGGUUGUUUUAAAACAUUGUGAGAACACCAGUAACUUACACAAAUCUCAGCUUUGACAGAGAAAAAGCAUGGUGGGAUCCAGGUAUUUUGAGGCAGGCACUACUAUGAAGGGCAUUCCACAAAGUGUCACACACUCAUCGUAACAGGUUGGUAUCUAAAGGCAUCUCUACCAGUUGAAAGCUGCAGUGGUUCUAGUUUCUUGCAGUAGUUAUCUACUGCCUGGUUUUGUGUGAUCUCUGGAAAGUUUGCCUCUGAAUGUCAGUUUUAACUCAAACUGUUACAAAUAAGUAUAUUUUGCAGAACUUGGAUGGUGAUGAAUGCUUUUUACCUUUAAGACUUAGUUACAGUUGUGCUGCAAAUGGGAAUAGAAAGCUGAAUGCUUUCUCAUCAAACCCUACUUUAUGCCUAUGCACACAUACAUAGAGCUGGCUAGAAAUAAAAAUGGCAGCAGCUCCCUCCUGCACACACCUCUAUGCUGACCCUUCAAAUGGUGACUUUUAAUUUAGCACUGACUGCCUCAUUGUUUACAGUCUGAGAACUGCUUGCAUUUGUUACAAAAUAUUGAUAAUACCACAAGGUUUGAUAAACUCCAGAAAACAAGAUGGCAGUUCAUCAAAUGAAUUUUGAAGGCAGCUUCUUCUUGAAAGCCCAUUAAAUGAGCGCUGAGGAAUACUAUUUUUUUUUUUCUUUAUUAUUGGAAGAAGAAUGUUUCAUUAAUGUCACUGUUUGGAUGCAGAGCACUAAACCUAGGUGAUGAAAUGAUAAAGCUGUCACACAGACCUGAAUCAAUAGCCUAGCAGUCACAUGAGUAGAAUCGGGUAAUUCACUUCCAACCAAAGCUGUCAAGGUGGUAUCAGCCCUGACAGCCGAAAGUUUAUCUUUCUGGCACUUCAUUGGUCUUUACUGACGCAGGAUGAAGCAGCAAUGUUCCUUUCCUGAGCCACCUGAUACCUUGCAGCAUUCCAAAGGGUGUCUGCUCCUCCCUGCAUGGUUGCUGUAGAAACAUAUAGGUGGCCGUGGCAUUCAGAAGUUGCUGCCUUUUGCCUGUCAUUAAGGAGCCAGCACGUGUUGAGCAGGCAUGGGGAGCCAGUGCUGGAGUACAUCAGAAGUGGAUGCAGGAUCCUCGUCUCGUUUGUGUAGAGGACUACAGGAGUUUAAUUUAUAUGACAAUAACCUGGCAAAGAGCAGGAGUUUCCAAAGAGUACUUGGGGAAUCCAGUGAGGCACUAUAGACAGAAACAAGACCCUUGGCAUUAGUCAACUUCGUACAGUUGUGCAGGUUUUAAAUCAGUCCUUGAUUUUGAGGAGGUCCCAGUUCUUCAUGUGGAAGAAAAAUUACAGCUCUGGACAGGGUGACCCUGCAUGGAGUAGAUAAUAGCUGGCAAGUGAUGUGGGCUGUUCUCAAAAAUGUGUUUGAGGAAGGGACAGUGUCUGCAAAACAGCUCUUUUGCUGCUUUUGAAAGAGUAAGGACAAGAUGCUUGGUUAAAAAUGACUUCAUUCUCAAGCUCUCCUGAAAUGCCCAAAGAAUGUAGGGGAAUAAUCUUUUUAGGAAGUCUCAAUUCCCAGAGACUGUCGAUGGGGUACUUUGCAAAGAUGGAUGGAAGGGCAAACAAGGGCUUUUCUCAUUGUAGCAGUUAUCAGGAACUUUGCAAGAGUCUCUUCCCGAGGAAAAUGUUCCUGGCGGCCCUGUAAAUGCCACAGAAGUCCUCACAAAUUUUGGAGGAGAUGUUGGGAGAGUUUAAGGAGGCUAUGAAGCCUUUAUAUGGUUAAUACCACCAAGCUGUGUUGUAUAUCAGCAUUGUUCCACUUGAGACUUAAUGGUUCAUCGAUGAAAUAGAUGGUUGGUUCCAUGCAGCAGUUAGAUGUGCAGUACAUGGGUGCAUCAUCUCUCUGGCUGCUCAAAGAUUCUCAUUCCUUCUCUUUUGAAGCAUAUAGCGCCUCCUAUUAACUGAUGAUCACUUAAAUAUAUGUGCUAGCCAGUUUCCAAUUCAGAGGGCAGUGAAGUUUGGCACCCUGCAGCCAGGUGGCUCAUAGAAGUGCUCUACACAGCGCAUCAAACAGCCACCAGUCGUGUAGGUUGAAGCUGAUGGUAUUUCAUUUGGGCAAGGACUAUGCCUGACAUCUCAUAUGUAAUUCGUUUGGUAAUACGUUACAGUUUGGCAGAUUUAUGUGCUUCUGCGGAGCCAAUGGCAAGGUCUGCACUAUGUGGUAAAACCAGUGGCUCCUAGCUGUGCCCUACUGCAGCUUAGCUUUGAUCCAUUGUGCAGUAUUGCACUGUUUUUUGGGGGGAGAGAAAAAAAAGUGACAAAACCAUGGUGUUUACCAUUCCUCUGGCAAACACUGCUACUCACCAAGGCAGCAGAGUUUAGGGAAACUACUUUGUCACAAUUACUUUUAGCAUCUGAAGGGAAUUUCUUAUUUCUUCGACAUGAGUGACCAAAGGAAAUUAUAUUAAGGUCAUUACUUAAUCUGAUUAAUUUUUCACAGGUAGGCAGAUUAUUAUUUUUUAAUGUAUUACAUUUUAGAAAUGACAUUCAGUGUUUCUCUGACAGCAUUCACAAAUGGCUUUUUUAUUCUAACUUGUUAUCUCAGAAAUACUGGUAAGAAGCUGUGAAAAUGGAAAAGGAAAACAUGAAUUCUAAAAAUUUAGAAGAUGAAGCAGGGCCUGCUGUGCUUUGCUGCUACAAAAAGCUAUCGUAGAAUGCGAAAAGGGGUUUAACAAAAUGGUAAAUGCUGAUUAAUUACUGCAGUUCAAAUCAGAAACACAAGGUGUAAGAAUGCAAUGAACUACCGAAGAUAAUACCACUGUCAAACCAAGUAAGAAUAGUAAAUAUUUAUGUCUCUCCCAUCAACUUAAUUUACUGAUACAUGCUCUUCCUUUGCAGACUGAAAAUGCUGCGUAGCUAGCACUAUCAACAUGCAUAAAUAGAUUAAGUGUAAGGAUGUGAAUUCUGAGUAGGUAUCAGUGGCCUCUAGGAACAGUGAAAGACUGUCACAAUGUAAUCAAACACUGAUAGGGUUAAGUAAGUCCAGUAAGCUAGAAGCACAGUAAGGAACAUAAGCAAUGCUCCUAGAUCUGACAUUCAGAAGCUCUGCAUGACUCAGCCACUGGCUCCUGCAUUUCCUUAAAAUCAUUAAGCAAAGACGGGAGGGACAGAGAAAUACCCAGUCUAGCAUGGGGGCCCACAGCCACACUGGGAAGUGUGCAGCCCCAGCUAAUUAUCCUGUUUAAAUGACAAAUUACAGUUGCUUCUAUUCUGGACUCGCAACACAGCUCUGCCCUUGUUUGCUUAGUGGGGAUUUGCUCUCACUCUGUGCACAUAUGAAUACGUGGCUGAACACACGUGCACCUACCCGUCCAUCCAACCUGCCUUCUCCAUCUACAAAUGUAUAGAUGAGACAUAGGCUAUUGCAUGCACUUCCUGUCAAAACAAGCUACUGACCAAAGAAAGUAGUGUAAAUAAAAGAAAGAAAAUCUGUUUAUAAAUUGUAAUUUAUCUUCAAGGGGGAAAGGGGAGGGAGAUACAGAGGAAUGAUGAAAUGCACAGCACUAUGCAGUACCAUGACUGCCAGACCCUGGCAGGUCACAGAGCAUAGUGCUGUGUGCACUAUAGGAUGGCUUUGCAGCAGCAAUAGCUUUGUGGCAGUAGUGGUCAUAAAGGCAAAUGUAAAAGUCACAGUGAUUUCAGCAGCUGCUCUGUGAUUAUGACGCCACUUUCCAGUCUUCCUAAUAAUCUCUGUGCCCUCAAGCUUAUGGAGAUACAGUCAAUAAAGGAAAAAAAAGUAUGAAAGGAAAACACGACAAAACUUCUGAGAUUUAAAAGCAAAGUAACAGGCUAUAAGAACAGUGAAACUCCCCAUCUGCUCCAACUGCAGCAUGCAUCACAUGGAUUUUUUGUGCUUUCCUCCCAGCACCUAUUCACAUGGUGUGUUGAAUGGAAAAUCAGAUUAGGGUAAUAUUUGUUUUUUAGGAAUUUCGUGGGGGUUGCACAGAGGAAUUAAUCCUAUGCUGUGAUAUACAUCCACCAGAGUGCUCUAUCCUUCCUAGGAAAUGCUAUUAUUAUUUGGGGACAAUAAAAUCUAAUUAAUUGUGUAAGACAGCAGCUGUAAUUGCAGUCCUCCUAAGGUACAUUUACUUUUCUAACACGUAAGUACGCAACCCUAGUGUUGAGAGUGUCCCUCUCAACUUUUCUUGGAAAAGCUAUAUUUAUAUUUAAAAGGACUGGUCAGGCAGCUAGUUUUUGGGGGCUCUUCUAGUCGAACAUAGUCCUAUGCUGUUGCACAGAGGAAAAUCUGUUCCUUAAACUGAAGGGCAAAAACUGAGGCAACAAAAGGUAUGGAGAUCAAAAAUCUUAUGAUUCUACUAGUAAUUUCAAGUGAGAUAAGGAAUAUAAUGAAUAAGAGAAAUGUGUAUACUAUAAAGUAGUUGGAUUAUUUUUUUUUCCUUUUUAAGCACAACAUAGACAAAAGUUCAGAGCAAGCUGUUCUGCAGAUAGCCCUACUCUUACAAAGAUUAUUAAAUUAUAAUCUUUAACAUUACUGGAUUUAGCCCAUUAAUUUACUGAUUUCAAAACCAGAGUUAAUGGAAUCCUUCUGCUUCCUACACUAUUUAUUAAGAAAUGCUGCAGACUUGAUUAGUUUUUUCCCAAAGGAAUAAAAUAACUUGUUUUGCAGUUUUGCUUAAUAGCACUUCUAGAACCUUUCUAGCUGAAUCCAGAGAAAGAAGCAUUAGAUUUGAAAUCCAAAUAUAAUACCUUGACUUCCGCAAACCUCUUUCCCUCUUCAUGGUGGGACCUCUUGGAGGAUUUUCCCAGCCUUGCUGAUUCUCCGAUUCCUAUUUCUAAGCACCAGAAUCCCACUAUCUCCUUCCCAUGGUUCAGUAGACAUUUGGCAACUGGGUCUAACAACUGUCAUGCACAAAUGAAACGUUUUGGAAUUGGGAUGGAUUUUUACUGAUGUUAUCAGUGACAGGGCAGGCACACCUAAUGCCUGUGCAGAACCAAUGGUGCCACGAUGAAGGGCUGCAGUGUGUUCUGGGGUCAGAAAACAGCAGGUUUUGGUGGACGGCUGCCAAGGGCAGUCACCAGCUCUGCAGGCAGGACCCCGUGGAGGAUGUCCCUCUUCAGCAGGAGCAGGAUGAAGAAGACAAGCUGCAGCAGGCCUAAGAAUAGCAGAAACCUCCUGCACAACAGAAGAAGGUUCACUCAGACCCGGGGGCACAUUUGUCUCAGCACUUUCCAACCAGCCACAGCAAACAACCCACGGAUCUUUGCCAUACAGGGAGCGACCCAAUCUGUCAUGCUUCUCUACAAGGCUGUCAGAAUCCCCACCCAACCUGCUCUCCCCACCCGGACACUAAGAAAUACUGAAGCACUUUUAUAGCAGAUAGUGGUUUACAAAUAAACAGACAAGGGGAAAUUGUGGGAAUACAAGAAAAACUGUUCAGGGCAGAAGCUGCAGAGCAGGAUAAACAGAAUGAGAAUGAAGGACACCUCUAGAAUGCUCUGCUGACAUGUAAAGGUGGAUGGGAAAGUUGUAGGAGCAGAUGGGAAACUUAGAAAACUUGUGAAGGUAUGUAAGUGAUGUGAAAACUUAUAAUAAACGAUUUGGAUCGUUCACAUCUGAGUCUGUGCAUCAGACGCUGCACCACCCCACCUGCUCUCCCACCCAGGACACUAAGAAAUACUGAAGCUUUUCACUCCCCAAAAAGUCAAAAGCUGCCUGAUUGUCUCUGGACCCCAGAGCAACUCAUCACAGCCAAGUCAUGAGUGGACAUCUCUGUGCUGCCAUCUGCUCAUCCUAGAGGACAAGGCAAAGCAGGGACAUGUGUUGGAGUGUCAGAAGGUUUGGGCACUCAGAACCUCUCCUUCGUCCCCAAACACAGAAGUGGGUCCAUAUUCUCUGCCGUGGCCCUGAGGUGACCCUUCCCUCCCCAAGGCCACAGCAGGGCUUUCUGUCACAGCCACUGUCUCGUGCAUCAGGGAACUGAUGUGCUCUUCCCUGCGUGUCACCUUCCUGCUGUUACAAACCGUUUGGUGUGUGAGAAAAGGCCUCGGCCGGCACCGGGACCUCUUCCCCCCCAGUGUGGCCACAGGGAUCCGAGGCAGCUGCCCGGCCUCUGCUGGAGCGGGACGGGCACCUCUUGGUGCCAGCCCUGUACAGGUCUGGCCUUCCCGAGCUCCAGCUGGCGGCACAGAUGCCUGGGGGCUGCUGGCAUCCCAGCUUCCCUCUUCCUCAGGUCUGGACUGUGCUGGGGAAUCACUUAUGGGGCAGUGCACCUUUUGGUGUUCUCUCUUGCCUUUUGGAGUUUCUUCAUCUCUACCUCCACCUCCUCCCUCAGUACCUGGAGAAGGAAAGGGUCAAGAGCCUGCCCUGUGCCUGCUCGCAGGGGGCUUCCCCCAUAAACGCGCUGCUCCCCAUUCUCUCCCUCCCACCCUCUGUACCUUGCGGAUUUUUGCCUUCUCUCUUAAUGGCGUCUGCCAGCUCUGCAGACCUCUUCUUACACUGUAGGGCAGUUGGGACGACUUACAUGGAUGCAGGGUGGGUAAGGGCAUUCUCAGCCCGUCCCCAGGGCACGGCAAGGCCAGGCCAGUGAGCCCUGCGGCACCCGGCACCCCAGCUCCAUGGUUCAGCAACUCUGCCCUGCGGGAUUUCUUCAGGCAGCUCACACACCUCCAUCAGCUCCUGCAGCAGCGUGGCUGACUGAGCAUUGUCUUCCAGAAGCGAUUCUGUGAGAAUCCUUCUUUGUUUUUUUGCUCAAAGCUUGCUUCCUGAUGUAUUUCUUGUGAUAAGACUAUGACUGAUUUAUUGAGGAGUCAAGUGAUGGGUGCUACCGUGUGACAAUCAACAUCACUUUGUGGACAAUUGUAAGCA